GUGAGAGAACUGUGCAUCGAGCGCGUGACUGUGUCGAGUCGAAUGGCAGCGCAAGCCAACAGGCGCCUGUGUUGCUCGCGGGCCGCAGUUGUGGGGGGGCCCCCAUCAUUGAUCCCCCCUGUGGGACCGCGAUCCCCGGACUCACUACUCGACAUAACCGCCAAAACAGUGGCCGAAACUAUUCCCUUUCAGCGAAUUGAAGAACGAUAUGAUCGUAUUCCCGAGCCAGUGCAAAGGAGAAUUAUCUUUUGGUCUUUCCCCAGAAAUGAGAGGGACAUUUGUAUGUAUUCCUCGUUAUCGAGGGUGCCCCCUUCCCCCGCGAGUGCUGUGAAUACUGCUGGACAAACGCACCAUGCUGAUUCUCAAAAUUUGUCGUUCUGUAAAGGAUUAAAAUUGCUGGAGACAGGAUGUGUCGACAAUGUACUUCAAGUCGGUUUUCAUCUGAGCGGUGUGGUGACAGGUCCUCGCAAUUCUCCCACUGCCACGUUGCCAUGCGGUGCCCCUGAGCCUCCCCAGAAAUUUAAAGUGUCUGUUAGUUUUGACAGGUGCAAAAUUACCUCUGUGACAUGCAGUUGCGAAACGAAAGAUAUUUUUUGGUGUCAGCACGUCGUAGCUUUAUCAUUAUAUCGUAUAAGAAAUGCCGAAAGUGUCAGGUUACGUGUUCCUAUUUCAGAAACUCUUCUACAAAUGGACAGGCAGCAGCUUCAAAAGUUCGUCCAGUACCUGAUCUCAGAACACCACACAGAGGUACUGCCUACCGCUCAGAAACUUGCCGACGAAAUCCUCCAACAGCGAUCGGAAAUCAACCAAAUCCCGGGGGCCCCCGACCCUACGGCGGGGGCCUCCGCUGACGACGAACAUUCAUGGCAUUUGGACGAGGAGCAAGUUUGCGAACAGGUGAAAAGUUACCUGUCGCAAGGGGCCUACUACAACGCGAACAAGCAGUUAAAUUCGUUGUUUUCGAAGGUUAGAGAAAUGCUGAGAGCCCAGGACUCAAACGGUGCCCGAAUGUUAACCCUCAUCACGGAACAGUUCCUUUCGGAUCCGAGACUACAGAUGUGGCGGAACCAAGGCACACCAAUGACUGAUAAGUGUAGGCAGCUGUGGGAUCAACUAGGCUCUUUAUGGGUGUGCAUUGUACUGAAUCCGAAUUGCACCUUACAAGAAAAACAACAUUGGAAGCAACUAUUAGAAAAAUGGGCAGUCAUCGACGUUUGUCCACCUGAAGAUCCAGAUUUCAGGUUGCAGCAGCAGGGAUCCAGAGAAUCCUAUUCCACGAGAGAUCGCGAUCGUGACAGAUAUGACGAGAGAUAUAGAGAUCGAGAUAGAUAUGCGGACAGAGAAAGAGAUAGGCGAGAAAGGAGAGACCGUGAUCGAGAGAGAGAAAGAGAUAGGAAUCGCGCAAUAUAUGAUUCUUCAGAUAGUUCAGAAGACGAUGAUGAAGAAGAUGCUAAUUCAUAUACUCACAGAAACGGUAAACGUUUACGUCUAGCUGGCAACUCAAAAUCUCAGACGCCCACUUUACCUAGAUCGAUUUUUCAUAGAGCAUUGGAUGCCGUUGGGAUGUCUUGGGACAAUAUGCACCUCAAAAAUAUACUAUCCAGUGAUACUUAUUGCUCUCAUGUUCCUGACACUUCCAGUUCCGGUAGCUUUAACUCGCAAGGACAACCAUUGUGGCACGAAUCUAUUCCUCUAUGUGCGGCUCGUGUGGAUUCUCUUCGUUCCCACGGACAUAUGGAAGCAGCGUUACGUUUGGCAGUUUCCGUCGUACGCACCAUGAAACAACAGCAACUGGUGGCGCAGCGGAAAUGGCACGAAAGUCAACAGAACAGCAGCGCUAGUACCAGUAUUAAAACUCAGCCCAGCUGUAAGGUCACAGCUUGUACCUCCCGUUGUCAAGGUCAGUGCACGAUUACAUCUUGUUCGACUACAUCUAUCAAUGCCCCUACGAAUCUAGAUGGAUGGGUCGGUCAUCCAUUAGAUCCUGUAGGAUGUCUUUUCGAUACCUUGGCAGAUGCGUCAGUCGUUCCUGAACACGAAAGACCUAGGACACCAACUAGCUAUUUAGAUUUAGUCGGUAUGGAAGAUCAACACAGCAAUUUAAGGCCUAGAUACCAUCAUGUACCUGUAGUUGGUUCGAGAGACAGAUCAGAAACAUAUCUAACUUUGGCGUUUGAGGUAGCCCUUAUUGGCUUAGGACAACAGCGGAUAAUGCCUGUAGGACUGUAUGCACAGGAAAAAGCGUGUAAACAAGAAGACCGGUUAAUUGCAAAACUCCAAGAAAUUGAACUGGAUAACAGCCUAGUCGCAGUCCUCCGUCGACAAGCGAUAAUUCUAUUGGAAGGAGGUCCCACCAGCGGUUUGGGCAUCGGCAUCCAUCCGGAGAGUAUUCCUAUGCACACCUUCGCCAGAUUUCUUUUCCUAUCUCUUCUGAAUUACUACCCAGAUUUGGCAUACGAAGUUGGUUUGAGAGCCAUGCGUUUACCUCUUUUGGAAGAACACGAAGACUCCGAUGACCCUUUAGGUGGAAACGCCAGCAGCUCUCUGAUGAUGAGUAGAUCGCCUAGAUGGUUCACUUUGGGACACAUCGAGACCCAGCAGUGCGCACUGAGUUCGACUAUGCUGAGUGCAGCAAAAGGUGAAGUGAUGAGAUUGAGAACAGUUCUUGAAUCGUCCCAGAGACAUAUCCACAGUUCUUCCCAUCUAUUUAAGUUAGCGCAAGAUGCCUUUCGUUUCGCCACACCAGAAAACGGACCCAGACACCCAACGUUGUUAAGUGUGGCUUUUGAACUAGGACUACAGGUAAUGAGAAUGACGUUAUCAUCUCUGAACUGGCGAAGACGGGAAAUGGUGCGGUGGUUGGUGACUUGUGCAACAGAAGUAGGCGUAGACGCGUUGAUCUCCAUCAUGCAAAACUGGUAUCAGUUCUUUACCGCCACGGAAGCGACAGGACCCGUAGCGACUACUAUUAUGUCACACAGUACCAUUAUGCGACUAAAUCUAAAUUUCGGACAACAGGAAGAGUUGUCGAGUUGCGCGCGCACACUGGCUUUGCAGUGUGCAACAAAGGACCCUCCAAAUUGUGCCUUGAAUGCUUUGACCUUGUGCGAAAACGAGGCUCUAGCCUUUGAAACCGCUUAUCAAAUUGUUGUGGAUGCUGCUUCCCACAUAAUGACGUCUUCCCAGCUGUUUACCAUCGCAAGAUAUAUGGAACAUCGUGGAUAUCCUACCAGGGCCUAUAAACUUGCUAUGUUGGCUAUGAAAAACGUCCAUCUAGCUUACAAUCAGGAUACACAUCCUGCUAUAAACGAUAUUCACUGGGCAUGCGCACUAAGUCACUCAUUGGGCAAGACUGAGCUGUCAAAUAUGAUCCCUCUGUUGGUGAAGAACGUUCAAUGCGCUACAGUCCUUUCAGAUAUCUUACGAAGAUGCAGCAUGACUGCUCCCGGUAUCAGUUGUCCUCAUCCUGCUCCAUUGGAUGGCGGAAAGCACCCCCACCCACAUAGGGCCGGAAGAGGAUGUAGCGGUGGGGGUAUAAAGCCUCUUUCGUAUGACAGGCCUCCGUUGAGGCAGCUUCUGGAGGCUGCUGUAGCUGCUUAUAUCAAUACUACGCAUUCUAGAUUAACUCAUAUCUCUCCUCGUCACUACGGGGACUUCAUAGACUUCCUAACCAAAGCUCGGGACACGUUCGUGUUAGCUCACGACGGGCAUGCGCAAUUCACUCAACUUAUAGAAAAUAUGAAAGUAGCGUACAAAGGAAAGAAAAAACUCAUGUUUCUCGUCAAAGAGAGAUUCGGCUGAUACUCGAUUAAGAAAUGGUAUGAGUAGGAUAUAUUUGCGAGCUAUAGAGCUUAUUGAAAUACGACCAGGAAAAAUGAUAAUACUUUAAGAUUGUCCUGGUUUUUUGGGGUCUUAGAGAUACUACUGAAAUUGUAAUGUUAAGAAUAUUUAUUCAAUAGGGGUUCAUUUUUUUAUAAAAAAAAAAUAGGUAGACUUUUUGAUAUUAUGUUUUUAGUUUCUUAUUCAAGUGUAUUUUAAACUAAAAACACAUCAUUUUGAGAGGAAGCUUUUUAUGCGUAAUUUUGGUUGCAAUAAUCAAGUUAUUCAACAUGUUGUAUGAUAAUCCACUAAUAGCCAAGAACUAAAUUUUAUCAUUAUAGUGAAAAUCUUCUAAAGAAUCGGGUGAAUCGAACCUAGUGUGAGUUGGAUUCAGUUCAGUGUAGACAGAGUAGAUCCUAACGCAGUUCCCCUUUUCGGGAUCUUACUCCUGAUGCAUCCAUAAUCCAUGGUACCCUGCCCACUAAUUAAAACCACUAUCAGUGGUACGUCUUUUCACACUGUUCUCUCGCGCGCGCAACUACCCUUUUUUUCUCUUUGCUUUUUAUAUUACUUAUGUUUACCCCUGUUGUCUCUCUCUUUCUAAAAUUCUAAAAUCUCUUUUGUUUUAACAAAAUCGACGUGCCCAGAUAAAUCGCGCACGACCCCCUGCCCAUAUACUUCUUGCUUAUUUCCAACAAUGAGAUACUUUCAUAUGAAAUCCAGUUUACAAUUUUUUUAAAUUCAAAAUAUAUGUGUUAGAACAGUAAAUUUUUGAAAUGAGUUACGUUUGUUUUUAAAUUAAAUUAUAGAGUGAUCAUAAGAAAGAUAUGGGUGGUAACAUAUUAUGAAAAAUACAUGAAACAUUCCGAUUGUCAACGUAUAAAAAAUAAAUCUAACCGUCACGCAAUCUCAACGUAUGCGUCAAAUGAAAGUCCUCAGUUAAAGGAGAAUUUUUCGUGUAAUGUUUAUACCAAACCCUUCUUUCAGUGUGUCAUUAAUUUUGACGUCAUGUAGGAUUUUAAGAAUGUCGCGAAUCAUUGCAUGCCAUUUUAGUUAAAUCUGAGAGUUGUCAGAAUAUUUAUAUUUAUAUAAAUAUUAAUAUUUAUACAAUAAUUUUUCAAAAUAUUAAUAUUUAAAAUAUUUUAAUGAAAUAAUAAAGAAAUAUAAAUUAAAAUUUCACUAUACAAUGUCCGAAUAUACCCAUGACAUAAAAUAUUAAUAUUUACGUCAUUGAAAAAUACCAAUCUUGAAUUCCAAUUAUCAUUUUACCCGUUGACAUUGUGAAAUUACUGUCCCAAUCAAUUACUUUUGUGUCAAAUUAUCUUUAUUCGCAUCGUUGAUUGGUUAUCUAUUUAGAGUAUUGUAAUGGCCAACCAAUUAUACAUUUAUAUGUUGUUUUAACAUGCAAAUACCCCUCAACGAAUACAUAAUUUCCUAACUUCUGUAGGUACGUUUUUUUCUUUCACUUCCAACUUAAUGCGUUAGAGAGAAUUCGAUAAUCUAUGAUGCACUAAAAGAAGGGUUUGGUAUGAACUAUAUCAUCUAAUUUUGGCAGUGAAAGGUUUUAGUAACAGAUAAAAGGCCAUUUCUAUUAAUUUGUUAUUGAAUAAUUUCAUAAUAAAGGAAUUCUUUUAAAAACAAUAUUAGCUAGCGUUCUUCUAAAAAAGGUUUAAAUGUCAAUUUUGAACUGGUCCAAAUAUCUUCCUUCAAUUUUUGAUAGAGUAACAUAUGAAAUAAUCAACUUUUAUAAUGAAAAUAAUUGUUAAAACAUAAAAAAGUUUAGCAAUUAAAAGCAAGUGAUUAUUUCAAAUGAUAUUUCAACUAGCAAAAAUCAAGAAUUUAUCCCCCAACUUAAAAAAUGACUUUUAACUAAAAAGAACAAUUUAAGCCGAGUUGCCUACGAUUUUAGCUAAAAUAAUGCUUAUUGUGUAAUUGGAUAAUAAAUAGUAAAUCAAUAUAAAUACAUAUAUACGUCUUAUAUGAAUUUUUUAGGUAAGAAAUCUUAGUGGUUUCAUUCGAUUAUAAUCAUUCUUUUUUGGCGAAUGGAUUUAGUGUCCGCAGUCAUAUAAACCCAAACAAACAACAGCAAUCAUUCUUUUAAUGAACAGCAUCAAAUUCUCCAUAUUCAAAAUAAAAGCCCUAAGCUAUCUUUAAAACCUACGGAAAUUAAUAAAUUAAAAAAUACAGAUAUAAUUCUGAAUGACCAACUUGAGACAAACAGCUCCCCACGCCUCAACCUAUUCUUUCUAAGAGUAGAGAUCUUUAACUGUAGACGCAUUAUAAAAAACCUAACACUCGAGAAAGGCACUUUGGCACAUCUCUUUGUAGAAACAGCUGUAGUGACUUUAUUUUUUAAUAAAUUUUGUGGAAAUGUUCAAACCAAAAGUUUUCAUGUUUUAUCGUUAGAUAUUGUGAUGAAUAUUUCAUUCAUAGACAUUCUGACCAAUAGAAAGCUACAUGAAUAAAUAUUACAGCCAGAAUUUAUUUCGAUAAUUUCCCGUAAGUAUUACGUCAGAUUGCCAGAUGACAAAUAAUGUUUUACAACUUUAUUCAUGAAAUGAUCUUACCGAAUUACAUUCAAGCUCUUAAAAAUUAUCGAUUUGUAUUGCCCUCGUGUCACUUUGACAUAAUUUCACUCCCCUUCGGGUCGUGAAAUUAAAACUGUCAAAGUGUCACUCAGGCAACAAAACGAUAAUUUUAGAGCUCUCGUGCAAUUACUACUGAAAAUAUCUUCGGCUUUAGUGGAUUACAUACAUAUUUUAAACAAUCAUAACCGGGCCUCAGUGGUUGAUAUACUUGUAUUUUUUUCAUAUGGUACAUAGUUAAAGUACAUAAUUGAAACCAUUGAUUUAAAAUUGACAAGUUAUGCCACUUUUAAAAUACGUCUGUUAAAUGUCAAAUGUCAAAAUUAUGACUUUUGAAAUUAUGAGAUUACAUAAUUUGCAAGAAUUAAUAUAAGAUUAUGUAAUAAAAAAGUAAAAUGAUUUUUUUAACUAUGGAAUUAGAUGUUAAUUCAUUGAAUUUAGUGAAAAAAAGUUUGAGCGAUGAAGAUAAGUUUAAUUUUAUUCAAUCAACAUAACAAAACACAUAAUUAGGAAAUCGUUCUCAAAAUACAAAACAUUAAUAAAUUAAACACAUUUUAUUUUUGUUGCUUGGUAAAAAAAUUCUUCUAAUAAUUUAAUUUUAUCUGACUCAUUCAUAUUGACAAUUCGGACAUAUAUUAUACAUUUUAAAGUAGAUGACUUUAAAAUGAUAUUGCCAAUAUUUAUUAGUUGCGUUCCUGGGAUCACUUUAUUGGAAGAUAGUUCAUUUGAUUUAUGAACUCAACUUUGAUUUAAGAAUAUCCGUCAGAAAAGUCGUCAUUUGAUUUGUUUUUAAAAAGACAACCACAUGCAAUGGUGGCAGUAAAAUUCUCCUGUUAGUGAUCCCAUAGAAAAUCAUGAGCACAAAACCAGGAAAAAAAAAGAAUGUGUGUGUACUUUGUACGCACGUAAGAAGUUAUUCUUCUAUUAUAUAAUUUUAACGAAGUAAAUAUACUUAACAGAUUAUUUGUAUUCUAUUUAAAUAUUAAACUAACUUUCUUAUAUACCACUUUCAAAAAUUUUUUAUUAAAACAACCAAAAAUAAAAAAAAUGAUCGUCCAGGAUUGGAACUCGGGACCUUUCGAUCUCUGACCGAACGCUCAACAAUUAGACCACCGAGUCUCCUGUUAUUGACACGUAAGUUUCGGAUAUAAUUACACAACACGGUGACAAAUAGAUUAAGUGGUAUCGUGACAAAAAUGUUAUACCUACAUAUUUUAUUAUCUUACUACAGAAGAAGAGAAAUUCAAUGACAAAAAUUAUAAUAAAUAAUACAUUUACUAAAACCACUAAUAUAUUUUUUUACUGACUUAUUUGCGCUGAUACAGAUACUAUCUUGAAAGUUUAGAAACGAACUACAUGCUGUCUGUGUGCGCAUGCGCGCAGAUUUAUGAAAAAUUUUACUCUCAAUCGCGCCUAAAGAAGAAUAACUUCAAAAACUCAUGAUACUAUCCCAUAUCGAGAACGCAUCAUCUACAUUAUCUCCACCUUAUAUAAGGGAAUCAGUAAAUCCUUAUACGAUAAAGCAUUAGAGAAAAAAAAACAUUUGCCGUCAUCUGUUUUAAUAAAAAUGAUCAUGCUUUUUCGUUUAUAACUAAGGAAUUUUCAAGAAUAGGCCAGAAGGGAACACAACAACUUAUAACGGGAUCCUAUAAUCUUCACAGGAAAUAAUACGAGAAAAACAACAAUACCAUACAUAAAAGAAUUAUAGGAAAAACUUAAAAUAUUAGGAGAUACAAAUAGGAUAAAGAUAACAAACUCAUUGAGAUUAAUUUUAUCUAAAACUAAACCUAAUAAUGAACAAGAAAGAACAAAGAAUUGUAUUUAUAAAAUACCUUGUGAAUGGGAACAUUUUUAUUGAGAUGAAACUUCGAGAUCAUUUUAGAAUAAGUGAACAUCAAUCUUAUAUUAAGAAUACAGAAUUUGAUAGAUCUCAAAUAUGUAAACAUGCAUGGGAAAAUGAACCUAGAGUUCAGUGGAAAUAUUCAAGUAGGUAUAUUCCUGACAAGAACACAUGGCAAAAAGAGAAAAAUCAAAGAAGCGGCUCUAAUUAUGUUAAAUGAAACCAAUUGCCAACAUGGGCAGACUACUUUCGAUCUCUAUUUGCUAGAGGCGACGAUAAUGAACCACCAACACCUGAAGAUACGACAAUCGAAGAAAUAAGGCUACGGCUCCACGGGCGAGAAAUUGACGCUAGCAGUAGCCGUAAAACGAACUUAAGGUUCCGCGGAACGGAAUAGGAAUAGCCGAACUGUACCGACUACAGGACUUGUGCGUAGUCGGUUCAGUUCGGCUACUCCUAUUCCGUUCCGCGGAACCUUAAGUUUGUUUUACGGCUACUGCUAGCGUCAAUUUCUCGCACGUGGAGCCGUAGCCUAAAUAAGGAGGGAGAGGUAAAGGAAACAUUAAGAAAAUUAAAAAAAAAUCUCCAGGUCAGAAUAUCAAGGACAGAAUAUCAAACGAACUCCUAAACUAUGGAGAACAAGAUCUGACUAAACAACUAUUAAAACUAAUACAAAAAAAUAUAUACACCGUUAUUAGGCGUCAACGUCCUUCCGGUAGGGAUCUAUGGAGGAGUAUCACCAAGCCGCAAGCCAUAGGCCGAUCAGACACCUAGCUUAUUCGAAACCAAGCCGUAUAUUCUAUAUAGAAUUUUAUACUACGACGUUGGCCUUUUUAUUUUUCAAUGUGUGGGCCGGGAAUCGAACCUGGAUCGAAAAUCCACUAGAGUUGCCGAUCGAGCGCCCCAGCCCACUAAGCCAUCUGACUGACAAAAAAUAAUAGAUACAAUAAAUAAUAGAAUACCACAAAAAUGGAUAUCAAGCAUCCUAAUACCUCUCUUCAAAAAAGGAGACAAAUCGGACCCGGAGAAUUACAGAGGAAUUAACUUAUUAAACACAACAUUAAAAUUAACAACCAAAGUGAUAACAAACAAACUGAAUGGAAUAACAUUAGAAGAAGAACCAGAAGGUUUUAAGUCGGGAAGAUCCUUAGAAUAUAAAAUAAACAGGAAGGAGUCUGUCAUAUAUCAUAUAUCAAAAACACCUUAAAUUUCUAGCCAAAUCGGCCAUCUUGAACGUCUGUGGAUGACUCAUAAGUUUUUGUCAACGAGGUAGAAGGUGUUUGUGUAUUGGAUCAGCUGUGUGCAUAGGCGUACCAUCUGGUAAAGCUUCUGUAUAUGCAAUCAAUUAACUGAAGUUAUUAGUGUAAUAAAAUGUUAUUUAACUGACUUUUCAACAAAAUAUUAUAUUAAUACGUAUUUUCUCUUGAUCUAUAGCUGUUUGUUUAACAUCAAAGAUGUAAUAAAAUCGUUAAGAAUUUAUUUUCUUCCCUCUUUCAAAGGUACGUCACUGGAGAUAGAAAGCAAAUCUGACAGCUGAUCGCCAUUUGCAACCUCCUUCCUGGCUUGAAGUCAUUUCGCAUUGUACUCCUUCCUGGUUUAUUUUAUAUUCUAAAGGAAGAUCAUGCACCGACGCUAUAUUUAUAAUAAGGCAAGUUCAAGAGAAAUCGUUGGAACACAACAAACCGGCAUAUUUAUGUUUCGUGGACCUUAAGAAAGCAUUUAA